AGGGUGUUGACCGGAUGAAAGGGAAGCCGAUCUAAACGUACACAAAUAAAAUGCUGCCACUGGCUGUUAAGUGGGAAAGGCCCAGCCAAUGGGUCAACGUUUGGGGGGCUAUAAAAGUUGCCCCUGAGUAUUCCGGAGAGUCAACCUUGGUCAAAGCGCCCCAAGAGAGCCAGUCACACAACCUUCCCUCCAGAAAAGAUGGGUCGCAAACUGUUUGUGCUAGCCGUCCUUGUGGCCGUAGCCACUUUGACACAUGCCGAGGACAAGCCUGUUACCGAAGAGAAGCCAGCUGCCGAGCAGGAACCUGCUACUGGAGAGAAGAAGGAGGAAGUGGACAGCCGUAUUGGUUUCGGCACUGGCUUUGGACACGUAGCCGGUGCCAACGGCUAUGGAUUCAACCGCGGCGUGUCUGGCUUCAACCAGGGUAGUGGAGGCUUCGGCAGCGCGAAUGCCUAUAACAAUGUCCAAGGCUUCAGGAACCGCGACGGCUACCGCACCAACCACGGGUUCGACCAGACCACCUACAACCGAUAUGGCUCCGGCUAUGGAGGCUUCAACACUGGCUUUAACCGUGGUGCCGGCGGCUUCUACAACCAACACGGAUUGCAAGGGGGUUACCUCGGCUGAAGAAAGAGGAGCGCCAUUCCAGCUACAACCGUAACUGCCAAAAAAGUUUCUUCUAGGAACCAAGCCUGACCAAAUUGUUUAAAGUCGACAACACCUUCGCAGUCCACUCCAGAAAAAUGUGAUGCUGACGUGAACCAAACACUGCUUUCUGUAUAUACACAGUGCAGUGCAAUAAUAAAACCUAAUUUAUUUUU